UUUUGUUCUUCAGGUACACGCGGCAGUCUCACAUUUUCCUGUCCUUAUCUCUCACCAGAAUCAAUGCCACAGAGAGAAAUCAUAAAGGAAACGUUUUCUCUUUCCGCUUUCCCAGUUACCAAACACCCUGUAACCGCGAAAAGACUCUUCUUUUUCGUGUUCCUCAGCCAAGAUUGGUCCUUUUGAUCCAAACCCACUUCGGCUUCAUCGUGUUACACUCUGUAUCUCGUGUAAUGGCCGCUGAUUCGGCGGACCGGCGGGAUUUUGUCGUGAAGAUCGACGGCGAAGACGAGCGGAACAAUGGCGGUGCCGGGGACAGCGUCGGAAGAAUCUGGAGAGACGGCAGUUGCGAUUUCUGGACCGAUGGGCAUGACAAUCCGAGGAACGCUCCUAAUACGGCGGUCGACGGCGGAAGAGACGCCGCGGAGCAAGACGAGGGUUUCGAUUUCCGGCGAGGUGGUAACGGCGGAGCGGAGGACCCUCCGACGAAGCUGAUCGGUCAGUUCCUUCAAAAGCAGAAAGCUUCCGGCGAGGUUUCACUUGAUAUGGAUCUGGGCAGGGUCGAGCUUCAGCCUCGUGGCUUAACUCCGGUGUCGGAAUCUCCGGCGUCGGCGACGGCGAACAACAAUUCCGCCGCCGUGAAGAGACGGGACAGUAAUGGUAGCGCCGCCAACGAGGACGGAGAGGUCGUGAAGUGUAGUUCCAAUGCGUCGUUUCAGAGAAGCUCCAGUAAUUUGCUGAAGACGAGGACGAGGUCUCGGCUUCUGGACCCGCCGACGCCGCCAUUGCCGCCGCAACAUCCGGGGGAGAUGAAGUCGGGUCGAGUCCCGAGAUCGGGUCAGUUGAAAUCCGGAUUCUUCGGGAAAACCCCAAAAACACCGGGAAAAGAAGAAGAGGAAGAAGACCCAUUUUCAGACGAGGAUGUUCCAGAAGAGUACAAGAGAGAUAAUCUGAGUUUCUGGAUCUUGCUUGAAUGGGUGAGCUUGAUUCUGAUCAUCGCUGCUCUUGUCUGUUCUCUAGUGUUUCCUUUCUUGCGUGGCAAGAAACUGUGGAAACUCGAGCUGUGGAAAUGGGAACUGAUGGUUUUGGUGCUGAUUUGUGGUAGACUGGUGUCUAGUUGGAUCGUUAGGAUCGUCGUCUUCUUCGUCGAGAGGAACUUCUUGUUACGGAAGAGGGUUUUAUACUUUGUGUACGGAAUCCGAAAGGCGGUCCAGAAUUGUCUCUGGUUAGGGCUUGCUCUGACCGCUUGGCAUUUCUUGUUCGACAAGAAAGUCGCGAGAGAGACAAACAGCAAAGUUAAGUACGUGACCAAAGUCCUCAUCUGUCUACUUGUCGGUUUCGCCUUAUGGCUCGUAAAGACACUGUUGGUUAAGGUUCUCGCCUCAUCUUUCCACAUGAGCACCUACUUUGACAGAAUCCAGGAAUCUCUCUUCACUCAGUAUGUCAUCGAGGCCUUAUCGGGUCCUCCAUUGAUCGAACUCCAGAAAAACGAGGAAGCAGAAGAAGAGGAGAGAAUUGCAGACGAGGCAAAGAAACUCGUGAACCCUAGCGGCGGUAACACUCCAUCGGGUACCGGAAAAAGCCCGAGAACCGGGAAAAGCCCGUUGGUAUCCCGGCUGCUGUCAACGGAAGGUGACAGUAAGGGGAUAACCAUUGACAGCCUGCACAAGAUGAACCCUAAGAAUGUUUCGGCAUGGAGAAUGAAGAGGCUGAUGAAUAUGAUCCGGCAUGGAGCACUUACCACGCUGGAUGAACAGAUACAAGAUUCGAAUCUCGAGGAUGAUAAGGGAAACCAGAUCAGAAGCGAGUUAGAGGCGAAACUCGCUGCAAGAAAGAUCUUUCACAACGUCGCAAAGCCCGGGUCAAAGUUCAUAUACAUGGAGGAUAUAAUGCGAUUCAUGCCGGAAGAUGAAGCGAUGAAGACAUUGAGCCUAUUCGAAGGAGCAUCAGAAAGCAACAGAAUCAGUAAAUCGUCAUUGAAGAAUUGGGUGGUGAAUGCGUUUAGAGAAAGAAGGGCACUGGCCUUGACCCUAAACGACACGAAAACGGCGGUGAACAGGCUUCACAAGAUGGUGAACAUACUUGUUGGAAUCAUCAUUGCAGUGAUUUGGCUUCUGAUCCUGGGAAUUGCUACGACCAGAUUCCUGGUGGUGAUCAGUUCGCAGGUAGUGCUUGUCGCGUUCAUAUUCGGGAACAUGUGCAAGACGGUCUUCGAGUCCAUCAUCUUCUUGUUCGUUAUUCAUCCCUUUGAUGUCGGCGAUCGCUGUGAGAUUGACGGCGUUCAGAUGGUGGUAGAGGAGAUGAACAUAUUGACAACAGUGUUCCUGAGGUUCGAUAACCAGAAGAUCGUUUACCCGAACAGUCUCCUGUGGACUAAAUCCAUCGGAAACUACUACCGCAGCCCUGAUAUGGGCGACGGAAUCGAGUUCACCGUCCACAUUUCUACUCCCGCUGAUAAGAUCGCUUUGAUGAAGCAGAGGAUAACGAGCUACAUUGAGGGGAAGAAGGAUCAAUGGUACGGGGCGCCGAUGAUAAUAUUCAAAGACAUGGAAGGGUUGAACAGCGUGAGGAUAGCGGUGUGGCCAACGCAUCGGAUGAACCACCAGGACAUGGGAGAGAGGUGGUCGAGACGGGCUCAGCUCGUUGAAGAGAUAUCUAAGAUUUGCCGAGAAGUAGAUAUCGACCAUCGGUUGUACCCUCUCGACGUCAACAUCCGACAUAUGCCGCCUCUGCCCGUUUCCGACCGUCUCCCUCCUGCUUGGUCCGCCGCUCCGACCAGCCGAAGUUGAACUGAAUCUGAACGCAUUGCCAUUUUGUGAAUGAGUUCGGCUUUUAUGUGAGAUUCCUUUUCUUUUGAGGAAGAAAUUGUUACUUCGAGAUUUUGGUAGAACAUGUAAUAGCUGGUCAAUAUAGAGGUUGAUGCGAGAACUCGAAAUUUCGGAUAUUCGCUAUCGGUGGAAUGAAUACGGAGACCCGACUUCUUGCU